CCAUCAGUUCGGACUUUUGGAUGAGUUGGCUGAAGCAUGAAUUCAAUAUAGACUCCAUCGAACCCACACGGCACUAUCGCAGUCCGGAUCCUGUACGUACCCACACUGCUUUGUGCCUUCGGGUUUAGUUCAACGCGGAGCAGCAAGGAAUUGUUCGUUGGUGCCAGAUUGCCUGAUCGAAGCUAUCUAUCAGAGGAUCCAUGGCCAUGGAGAGGUUCCUCAUGGCGCUCGUCUUCUGUGAGGCUCCGCUGGACAGCUACGGCACGACGGUGCUCACCGCCGGCAUGGUCAAAAGGUUGGCCUUAGGAGGCAGCGGCGCAACAAAGCCAAUUGUGACUAGCAAGGCAGGCGCCAAGAAGUUGCAGGGAAACUCGAUGGCGCAAAGGUGGGCUUGUUCCGAGCUUGCGUUCGACGGGCUCGGUUGCUUCAACACAGUCGUCAUGCACUGAGCAUGUUGUUUCCUUGACCUUGAUCUCUAUAGAACUUGAAUCAAGUGGAAUGUUUUGACACGUACGUGGACUUGUGACGAUUUGUUCAUUCCAUUGUAGUA